AUGGAAUGGCCUGAGGGUAACAAGCUGGAUCCUAACUCGAAAAUCCCCGCAGGAACCACCAUAGGUGAGUACUUCUCGACGAACUCUGUUGUAUUAGACAAUUUUCUUGUGACAUGUAGGUGUCAGCGGGUUAAUACAUGUACAAUUACUAAUAAUAAUAAUACAUGUACAAUUACCUAUGGAAUAGAGUGUGUAUGGGGGAUGCCUUCUCUGUCCACUUUAUCCUCUAUUGAUGUUUCACUGUACCACUUGUCAAGAAAUAAGCCUACUGUGAGCCAUAGUGGCUUCACUGCCAUCUCAGACUUAGCGGUAACUUUUAGCAUCGUUUAAAAAUGAUGUAUUUUCCAUUUCUUUAUCAGGUGCCAUGAAAGUGGACAUUUUAAACGGAAAUGGUGACUCUGUGAACAAACUGCCUGGUGACAGAAGAAGAUUGUUGUAGAGUUAAAGGUCAUUUGGCAUCGUAAGAGAUAAAUGCUUUACAUUGUAAGGAGAAGCACAUGAUUUGUGACGGGCUCGCAGUAUGCCUUGCUGGCUGCUCGUAGCAAUAAGCUUUCCUCUUUUUUAAUCAAGUGUUGACAAAACGUUAGGUCUCCAUUCGCACAAAAUACCUCUCUCAAGAGUUAAGAAAUUUGUGUUUGCACUUGUUACUUGUGAGUACGAGGACGACAUUUAAUUUUAAGGACGACGUUUACGUUUUCUCGCCAAUUCUCUAAAAAUAGACACCCCAGAAAGCUUUGUUGUACUCGGUUUUUUCAUCACAAAAGUUAGCACGCUUACUUUCGUUGAAGAAGUUAAAGCCCUCUCCGGACGGUUAACGAUAAAAUUCCUAAUAUUUGAUAACCUGUUUUCGUCACAACGACAUUCGCGCGAAAACUCGUAGUAGAAUGACAAUGGCUAUCCCAUUUUCCAGCCAAAUUGACGUUGGCACACGUGUGCGCGCUACUUACUAUUGGGAAAAUCUCGCUCUUGUAGUCGUCCUCAUCAUAGAAUCUAAAGCUGUCUAGUGUUAACUUACAAGGAUCGUUAUUGUUCUUUAUUUACGUAUUCUUUGCAGGAAGUGACAAAGAUGGAGACAAAGUAAUCACUAAUCAUGUCUGUCAACAUGGAGGAAAAAGCUGGCCAUACUGGUUCAGAAAAAUGGGUAACUGAGCUAGUCUGCUGCUAUCAGCUGUGCUAUGAGAUUUAGUGUUUUAAUUCAGCGGAUAGGGCUAUCCAGUGAUUGAACAACUGGGGCCAGUUGAAAACAGUGUUUGAAUUUACCUGUUCUUGCUGUUGUUUCAGAAAAUAUUACCCUCCUUGGCCCACAUACUCUUCAGCUUCAAGUGUUACUGAGUGACGGUUCAACUGCGCCAUCAAUUAAGAGUCUUCCAGUCCAUCGUAUCAAGUUUACCGUUACAGGCUUGUCAAAAAUGACCAGCCAGGGACAAAUUUAGGUUACAUUUACACUAGAUGUGAUUUUUUUGGAUUCGUGACGAUUCCGAAAAAUUUGGUUACAGAUUCAUUUUGUCGUAACACGCGAACGGGUGAAUCCGAAAUAAAAACGUCCCGAAAAUUUUGAAUCCGAAAAGUUUACAUUAUGAAAAGAAUGUUUGAUAAAUAAUUUGCAAGUUAGCUCAAGUGAUAAGAGAGUUCAAAAUUUAAGUUUGCACAGGUGAAACCCUUUAGGUUGGUUUAUCUUUGUAAUAAUAUUGAACUCAACUCCUACAGUAGAUCUACGGGAAAGACUGUCAUGUGGAGAAACUGAAAACACACGCGUAAAAUCUUAAAUAACAAAUUACUGCGGUUUGUCAAUUACUGUGGACGUUACCAUUAUAAUUAUUGUCGUCAUUAACAGCCUCGUCAGAAGUCAUAAAAUUUUCCCUGGCAUUUUCUUUUUAUUGCAAAAACCUUGAAAGGGAACAUUGUAUUUUUGAUCCACCCUGUUAAAAUAACUCGUACAUCUUUUGUUAUCUUGUUUCUCCUUUGUCAUUUCUGUUUAUUUAGAGGCUCAUCCAAACAAAUUCACUGUUGGAAUGUUGGAGACACCUCUUAGAGUAGGAGUUCCUUUCCAGGUAUGCUUUCUUUGUUUCACCCCGUUCUCCACCCCGUUUUUGAGAGGAUGUAGCUCCCGUAGGGGGUGGGGGGAGUUCUUCCUAGUAAUAGGCCAAUGGGUAUGUGCCCCUGGAUGGGGUCACAUUUGGGUAUGUGCCCCCCUGGAUAGGGUCGAGAGGGUGUAGUUACCAUAGGCGGAGGGUACUUCCUAGUAAUAGACCAAUGGGUAUGGGCCACUGGAUGGGGUCGCAUUUCCACGACUGGGUUGACUGUAAUCGGGAAUAAUGGUUUUGCAUUUUCAGAAGAGUUACUAGAAUCGGGUCUCAGGUUUUCGGGAUUUUGAGGGAAAAAAUCUUUAUAAGAAGGGGCUUAAAAAUGGGAAGUUGGGAUUGUGAAAAUUACAUUUGCCCAAAAGUGACUAAGAGGAAGUCUAUAAUUGGCCACAGAAUGGCCAACAGUUGUGAAGGGGUUCUAAGAGGCCAGCAACUCAUAAUAAGCAAAAUAUGAUCCAAGGACCCCUAGCAAUAUGUCACUAGCGGGUGGUAUCAAGGUUUAGCUAGUCUGAAAUGGCAAAUGUAACAGUCUCGUCUAUAUUUUCUUGGUUAAGAUUCCACUUAAUUUGCUGGAUGAGUUUAACAACCCUUCAAAGUUAUCAGAGGAAAAAGCAUCCGUGUUAAGUGCAAGGUGAGUGCAAUUUGAUAAAUUUUUAAUGGAACACGGAUUUGUAACCUUGGUGUUAAAGUCAAUCUUGCCUUCAACGGAAUAACAUAACUUGUUUAUAUCGUUAGCGGACUGGAGUUGACUCACCAGGGAACAUCAGUGAAGGGAAACAGCCUGAUCGUUAAGGGUGUGGUUGCCCUUGGUUCUGUACCAUCCCAUGCAGGAAAGGUGAGGGGUUUUUCGGAAAAAUUCUUGGCCAGUGUGAUUAAAUUUCUCGUAAUAAAAUAGGGUACGACGAUAUCAUCAGUAGCCUUCAUGAUUCAGAAUCUCGAAAUUACAUUAAAUUUAUCUGAACAGUUUUUUUGUUGGUUUGUUGUGAAAGGAUUUUAAUCUAAAGAUCACCCUACCAGGACUUGAAGAAGGUUCACAGAGCUUGAAGAUCAGGUUACUCUUUUGACGCCAUAUGUAGGUUGAGUUUGUCUUUGGUUCUCUCCCUUGCUCCGAGAGGUUUUUUCUCCGGGUACUCUGGUUUUUACCUCUCCUUAAAAACCAACACUUCCAAAUUCCAAUUUGAUCUGGAACCUACGGACGCGUUUCAACGAGUUCUUAAGAACUCCUAAGUGCUCCGUGGGUAAACAAAUUACAAUUUACAAUUUUCACCAGCAUGUAAAUUUUCCCUAAAAAAACGACUCUGAGACUGUCUAAAAAGGAUGCGUUCCUUUGGGUCGAUCGGGAUCAGGAUCAGUGAUUUGGGAUCACUCGGAUCAUGCUACAUUAAAUGAAACAAAGAAUCCUUUUCCAGAGUUGAUUUGUCGGUUCCUUAAAUGUGCUAUGGUCCGAGUGAUCACGGAUCCUGAUCCGGCUCACCCCAAUCGAAGACACCUUACAAUGCAACUUGGCUGUAGGGUUUUAAUGCUAUUAAAUCAUAUUUAAUAUAGUUGACGACUAGGAGCUAUGGUCUCUAGUGUUUUUGGCGUUUUUGGUGGCGUGUUGGCCGUCUGUAGCGCUGUGGCAUGACUAUGUCUGCGUUUGUAGUGUUAACCAUUGUUCGUGAGCAUGGGGGCUGAUUCCUGUCCAGCGGUAUGUUGCUUUGGCGCAUGCGCAGGCCACGUGCCUACGUUGUGUUUGCGUUGUACUCGAAGCUUUUUUAGCGUGGCGUGGCGUUCUAGUAGCGUAGCGUUUCUCUUCCCUCCCUCCGCUUUCUUGGUUUAGGGUCUCCCCCCUCCGUCCCGGAUUUUUUUUCUUCGUUUCGGAGGUUUGUUCAUUUUACUUCCACUGGGCUUCUGGCCUCAGUGUGACGGGUGCUAUAGUGGGGGCUGGGCGCGGGGGGCUCGUUGCUGGGUUGCGGAUUGGUAGACCUGUGGGUGUUCUUCAUCCUUGGGGUGUGAGCGGUUACAGCCCCCUGGCCCAAGGGCACCCAACCUCCACUUGUGACGCGGGUGUAAACUGAGACGUGCACGCCCCCUUCUCACUCCAAUUUUUGACGCUCUUUAGCCUGUUUCUGUUUACUGAAUCACGUUUUAUGCUGCUGGGCCACCAGAUUCCCUUGCGGUCACACCAAAUGACAGUGAGGUUACCAUUGAAAAUAACAGUGCCCUGCAGCUACAAGUGCAGGUCCAGGACAAAGCAGGAAACCUAACAGUUCAACCAAGGCUUAAUGUUGUUUGUAAGGUAACUAUGCAAAUGUUCACCCCAUUGUGAUAAUUGCUCCUUACUCCUCAUAUUAGAACUUCAAUUUUAAAAUGCUGGUUCCACAACUUUGUUAAGGAGUCACGAGGCGUUAAGUAUACUCUGUUCAAGCAAAUUGACGAUUGUUAAACGUCCAUUGCAACUACAUAUUUUGAAAUCCCUGAUAGCUCUAAGCUUUGGAGAAUACACUAAACACCUCAUACCUUGUUUUCAACAAACGGUAAACUGUUUGUAUUAUUUUAUUUUAGGCAAGCUAAAUAGAAUCCAUGAUCAGUCUAUACUUACUGCUGUCACGAUCCCUGUGAAUAUGAACUUGACCUUGCUUAAGUUUUAGAACCAAAAUUUGAUUAGAAACUUCACAGAUCUUCACAUGCAGUACACUUUGUAUGGAGAAUAACAAAUCGACAACAAUUUCCCAUGGUCUAUUAUCUUAUCGAUCACAGAAAUGAUGUCAAAAUCUUCAAAACUCAAGUGGAACUACGAGCCGCAGGCGAGCUGCAAGUUUUGAACUUUUGAUGUCAUUUCUAUGGUCGAUAAUUUUACCGCCAAUGAAAAAUUGUCGAUUGUGUUUUUCAAUAACACCGACGUCCAUUUCUGAUAAUGUUUCUUGGGAAAUUAUAUUAAUUUAUUUGUAUUUAUUUAUUUUUUAACAAAGAGGUACAUUGAUGGCGGCCGCCAUCUUAAAAGCAAUGUCCACGAUGGUGGGAGAAAAUACCAUCAAUACGCCUGCUUUGCAGUUUACAAUUGGCGACAAAAUUGCUGCGACAUUGUCCUCAAAUGGGAUAACUUCAGAGAACAAAACAAUCCGCACCCCUCCCCCAUCCCGUCCAUUCAAAGUUGGGGUAUUUCUUGUUUUCAACAGGUGGCUCGAACAGCGUCACAACGUUGCAUGGAGGGGGUAGGGGAGGGAAAGAUUUAUUUUUCCCCUUUUAAGUUAGCAAGACGUCAGAGACGCCCCUUAGGACAAAGCGUCUCAAUUAAUUUUGUGGCCGAUUGUAGGAAAAUCGCGCGUGAGAGAAAGAGAAAAAAAAUAUAUAACGCCAUCACUCCAUUUCCUAGUCUCAUCGAGCACAGCUCUAAACCAAUCAGCGUGUAAAAAAUCGCUUUGUUAUUGUAAAACUUGAAUCUGAUAAGAAACAACUUGGUGUGUUGUAGCUGACAGGCACACCAGGCUUACCAACUUACAUAGGAGACUGCAGUGCAUCUGGAAAGGCCUCCCUAACAGGUGAAGCAGAUCACCAAGGAAACCAAAUUAAAGGCCAAGAUAGAGUUACCCCUUUUGGGGUUUUCAUGUCCGGCUUUGGUGCGAUCACCCUGCGUGCAAUGCCUCCUUUUGUCGUCUUGAGUGGAAAGGAAAACAGGAGGUUCUGUCUAAAUCACGUGAUCCCAUUAAAGUCGCUGAAGCCAGAAUAUCUGGACCAAUCGUCAAACUGGUUUACCAAGUGGGAGCGACCGUUUUUUGAUUAACUGAUGGCCAUAACUAAGCGCGCUGUUCCGUGUGCACAGCUUUUACGCCUGGGUUCAACACAGUUUAUCAGCAACAAUUACCUCAUGUACAAUAACAAGCUUACUCGAUUUGUGCAGAGUCUUUCUCAAAUACGCCAAGAUCGAGAAAGUGAAAGGAAGGCAUUGUCAGCAGGGUGUGGUGCGUAGUCAUAAAGUUCUUACUGUACAUCUCUAAAUUGUAUCUGGGCGUGGCUGACCAACACUCCAAACCUCAGCAUGCUUGUUUGUCGUUUUUGUAAAAACACACAACAGUAGCCCUGAUUUAGUGACUAGUUAUGAUCUUUUAGCAUCAUAAAGAGGUUGCUGCAGUGGAGAAGACCAUUAUUGUGACACCCAGUAGUAAAGCAGCAGAGCUGGAAGUGUUUUACAAAUUUCCUGAUGCGAAACAGAAGAAGAAGCUGGACGAUGGACAGGAGCUGCCUUGA